AUGCAAAAUCUUUUCUUUGCACUCGGUUCAGGUUUGAGCCUGCUUGGCGUUGUUUUUGGAGCGUUUGGGGCACAUGCACUGAAGUCAAAACUCUCACCGGAGAUGCUUGAGACGUUUGAGCUGGCGGUGCGGUAUCAGAUGUACCACAGUCUCGGACUGAUUGCUGCUGCGUGGGCGGUAUCACUAUGGCAGAACCAACUCACGGCUGCAUCGGGGUGGUGUUUUUUCGCUGGCAUCUUAAUUUUUUCGGGGAGCCUUUAUGUGCUGAGUCUCACAGGCAUUCGGUGGCUCGGCGCGAUUACCCCAUCGGUGGAUUGGCAUUUAUUGUCGGUUGGGGCUGUUUGA